AUGAGCCUCGACGCCGCCUCCGCGAUCGCGGUGGCCGCGGCGGUGGUCCUUGCGGUGCUCAUCGUGGCCAUCGUCGUCGCGGCGUCCGCGGGCGCCUGCGGCGGACAACCACCGGGCCGUCGUCCAGGCGGCGGCGGCGGCGCAGCCGCGGUGCACGACGUCGAGCGCGCGCUCGGGGACGCGACGCUUGUGACGUACGAGCAGGCGCGGGCGGCUGGGACCGUGAAGAGCGGCGGGAGCGCGUCUGCGGACGAGGAGGAGGCCCCGCGCUGCGCGCUCUGCCUGUCGGAGUUCGCCAGCAGCAACAGCAAGGCGGGGGGCGAGCUCGUGCGGGUGGUCUCGGCGUGCGGCCACUUCUUCCACGCGGAGUGCGGCGUCGACGGCUGGCUCAGGGCGCGCGGGACGUGCCCGCUCUGCCGAGCUGAGGUGUGGACGACACUGCCGCGGCCGCCGCGCCCGGAGUGCCCGCCGUUGCCGCCGCGAUCCGGAGGCGCCACAGUGGGCUCGCGUUAG